AGAAAGAAGUACUGACUUUACAAUGACCUCCGAAGAGUUUGUGACGAAAAAGGGCUAUAAGCUAGUGCCGCCUGACGGUGGAUAUGGAUAUGUGAUUUUGGUUGCUGCCUCUGUGAACUUCGUAAGUCUGACGCCAACGAUGUUUGGCGUAUGCUUCGGAAUGAUAUUUAACGAUUUGUUCACCAAAUUGAAAAUGGGCGCAACUGAAAUCAGUUUGCUGACAGGACUCAGUGCACUUGCCGUCUCGGUUUCUGCAUUUCUGGCAGGGCCGCUAUUGAAAGUGAUGAGCAGAAGAAAGCUGGCGCUGCUUGGCGCAGUCUUGUUGAACGCAGGCGUGUUCGGAGCCAUAUUUGUCAACUCGAUGGCGCAGCUCAUUGCGUGCCAAGGAUUGUUGCAGUUUUUUGGAUAUGGAUUCCUCUACAAUGUGUCAUGUACGAUAUUAAAUGAAUAUUUCCUGGAGAAACGUUUAUUCGCUAUGAGCAUCGCGCAAACACUGUCAGCGGCAGCAGCAAUGGUGGCCCCCAUGAUAGUGUCCUGGUCCAUGGCCGAGUACGGGUUCCGCGGGACUCUGAUUGUCAUCUCUGCAAUUAACCUGCAAACCAUCGUGGCUUCAGCGUUGCUUCAGCCAGUCGCCCGGCACAUGAAGAAAGAGGUCUUGGAAGACGUUCACGGUGGGUUCCUUUGUAUUUUGAUGGAAAUGUCCAUAAAUGAUCUAAAGAACAAGGUUCUGGAAACUCCUGUAAUAAAAUCAAAUGAUAUUGAAGACGCAGAUGACUUGUUUAAUGAAAAGAAACAGGGCGUCAAGCUUUCGAUCGCAAAUAUUGUGAUUACGUGGAUAAAGGAGUUUAUAGACUGGCCACUGUUCAAGAAAUUCGCCCUGACGUGCGGUUGUCUCGGGGGCCCUGUCUCCUUCUUCGUUGACUCCAAUUUCGUAUUCUUCCUCGCGCAGUAUUUGUACGAUUUGAAGUGGGAUAAUGACCAGGUUAAAUGGGCAUUAGCCCUCAUAGGUUUCGGCGACAUUGCGGGGAGAAUCUUACUUAUAUUUUCGAGUUCUUGGCUCAAGCGACUGGGCAGCCAUGUUAUUUAUGUAGCUGGUUUAUUCAUUGCUAUUGUAACGAAAUUAGGAAUGCUAUGGAUCACGGACUACACUUGGACGCUAGCCAUCGUCGCGGUCAUGGGCCUGUCUCGCUGCACCAUCGGCGUGCUGUACCCGAUGGUCGUCGCAGACUCCGUGGAGCCUGACCAGUUUCCAUCAGCUAUGGGAAUUAGUAUGAUGAUGUUUGGAAUUCUUGCCAUCAUCAUGGGGCCUGCUGUUGGCGCAAUCCGCGACGCGACGGGCAACUACACGAUCAUGUUCCUGAUCAUGAUUGGCUUGCUGAUAGUUACCGUCGUGGCUUGGAUCAUCGAGUUGCUGCGAGGGAAACGAAAGAUGUCAAGUAUAGAGGGGAGAUAA